UGCCUCUCUGUUUGCUGCUGCAUUAGACCAGUUCAAAGAAUUAUUAGUCUAGAUUAGUUAGAUAUUGUACAUUCAGUAUAUAAUAUUUUAUUAGGCUGUUCUACUUGAAUGGAUUCCAGUGCCAAGUUCAACAGGUAUACAAGUACACAACUUAUACCCGGAUAAGUUCUACUAACUUCACUGCCUCAGACUUAUGUGACACUUGAAGAACCAGAUGAUGUGUAGGUCUAUCCUCCAGAGUGAUACUAGAACCAGAUGAUAUCAUGGACACCACUCCACAUAAUGCAGCUGUAGUUGUCGGUAACACAGGCUCAGAAAAAGCUGAAAGCAGUGGUCACAUUCGAUCACAGCCAUGGAUGAGCUCUGCCAAAGAUGUGAAUUUUAGGCUAUCUGCAGAACAACUGAUGGGCAGACUUCAUCUGGAGGGCAAAUAUCAAAAACUGAAACCAGAAGAUUUUCUUCAGAUAACUGAAAAUUCACAGUCUGGGGAGUUUUGUGCCGAGGAAAAAUUUGCUCAAACAUUUCUUCAAAAAUUACUGAUGUUGGACUGCACAGUGAGAUGCAUCAAAAUUGGAGAGAACAAUGAACAGAAUGACCCACAACAAAGAUGUAAUGAGCCAUCUACAAGAGAAGCUUUUAAUGAUUUUUAUGGAGAAGAAGCUGAAUCUGAUGAUGAGACUAACACAUCAGAUGCUAUUGACUUAAUGGAUGCUCAGAUGGCUGUGUUUCAUUGUGCUGAUGGUUUCUUAAAACAGCUCAUGGUGACUAAACUCUCACAGUGUCAGUUUGCUCUUCCUCUGCUUGUACCGAAUCCAUUCAUACAACAGAUUGAGUUUCCUCUCUGGACAUUUAGACAAAUCAAAAAGAGCUGGAAGACGACUAAUGAUACAGGUCAAACCCAACCAGUCUACAGGGCAGAAACUCCAAUGGUGGCUUUCUUCAGGUUUGGUUCUGUGUCUUCAUCCAAGUCUCAGCUGAUAAACAGUUUGAUCAAUGAGAAACAUAACACGUUCUUCCACAGAAACUGUCCAGGCAGCAGCAGAACCAGAAUACUGAUGGACGGGGUGGUGGAGAUCGCCUGGUACUGCCCAUCUGGAGAGAAAACAGAUAAAUUUCCUCAAUGUGUUGCGUUCUGUAAUCUUCAUGGUGAUGCAGGAGUCAAUGAGAAACAGCUGGAUAUCAUAACUCGAAUGUCUUCUGUAAAUGUUGUUAUUUUAACUCAAAUGAAAAAUAAUAAUAACGCCAUGACAAAGAUCCAAAGAUUAUAUCAGGCCUCAAAGCCACUCAUUUCUCUUCUUCCUGAGAAUAAUUCAGCGCUCAAAGAAGUCUGCCAAGGAAAAUACAGAAUAGGUUUGAGAGACAGAAAUCAAUCUACUGUCUUUGAAGAACUCAGAAAAGCUAUCAAUAAAGGAUUCUCAUCUUUAGAAUCAUCUUCCCUUUUCAAGCUUAAUGAUGUGGCCAAACAUUUAAAUAUCACAGUAGAUGAGAAGACUGAUAAGGACUGCAGGAGAGGGAAAGACGCAGCACAGCAAAUGAUGAGUUUAAUGGAGAGUAAAUAUCUGACAGAAAUUAAAGAAUCAUUUCUGCCAUGUCAGGGAAAACUGUGGCAUCAGUGGUGCCAGAAGAAUAGUGAACUACACAGACCUACAUUAGGUGAACUACAUAAAGGUGAAAACAUAGAAAAAAACAAAAGUGAUAAGAAAUCAGAAAUGCUGAAAAUCCGUGAACAGCAGCAAAGAUCUGAUGUACGUGAAUUUAUCCAAAUCUUUAUUCAACAACUGAACUCACAAGAAGGAAACGAGAUGGUGUAUUUUCUUAAAUGGCUUGGGAUUCUACUGGAUGACUUCACUGAAAGUUGUUCAGCCCUUAAACAUGAGUAUAUUCAAAAGUUGUCAGCAGUCUUCGAUCUGAAAAAGAAACAUGAUAAAUCUCAACAACAGAUGGCUGGACAAGAAUUUGAGAUCAUUACUGAUAAACUACAAGCUGCAACCUUUGGUUUGGAGCACAUACAGAGAGAGAUCGGUCAGAUAUAUGAAUCAUGUUCAUCUGUGAAGAACAACAAGAAAAACCUUAAAAUUGACUUCAGAACUCUUCCUGGCCUUGCAGCAAAGAUGAUGAUGUCUGGAUUUCCACUGGAGCUGAUGGAUGGAGAUGCUGCUCAUGUUCCUCUGAUCUGGGUUACUGCUGUUUUAGAUGAACUCAUCAAGAAACUGGGAGACAAGAGAGUUUUUGUGCUGUCAGUUUUAGGUAUUCAGAGCUCUGGGAAAUCCACCAUGAUGAAUGCCAUGUUUGGUUUGCAGUUUGCUGUCAGUGCCGGCCGGUGCACCAGAGGAGCUUUCAUGCAGCUGGUCAAAGUGUCAGAGGAGAUGAAGAUGAAAAAACAGCUGGAGUUUGAAUAUAUUCUGGUUGUUGAUACUGAGGGUCUUCGUGCUCUAGAACUGGCUGGAAGAUCAACAAGAAAUCAUGACAAUGAAUUGGCCACAUUUGUUGUUGGUCUUGGAAAUAUGACAUUAAUCAACAUCUUUGGAGAAAACACUGCUGAAAUGCAGGAAACUCUCCAAAAUGUUGUUCAGGCCUUACUGAGGAUGAAGAGAGUCAGACUGAAUACCAGCUGUAUGUUUGUGCAUCAGAAUGUUUACGAUGUUACAGCCAGAGAGAAAAAUAUGGAAGGAAGGAGAAGACAACAGAAAAAACUGGAUAAAAUGACAAAACUUGAUGCAAAAGAGGAAGACUGUAAUAAAGAGUUUUUCAGUGAUGUCAUUGCAUUUGAUGUACAGAAUGAUGUGAAGUAUUUUUCACAGCUCUGGGAGGGAAGCCCACCUAUGGCUCCACCAAACCCAAAAUACAGCAGAAACAUUCAAGAGUUGAAAGACACCAUUCUCUCAAAAGCUUCUACAGCAAGCAGCAUCACACUGUCGCAGUUCAAAAUGCGUAUUAAUGAUCUUUGGACAGCACUGCUGAAUGAAAACUUUGUGUUCAGCUUCAAAAACACACUGGAGAUUUCUGUAUACAGAAAACUGGAAACUAAAUAUAUCAACUGGACUUGGAGUCUCAGGAGUGCCAUGUUGAGUAUUGAAGACAAAUUCUACAACAGAAUUGCAAAUGGAUACAUUGAUAUUCAUGAUAAUGACCUGAUAGCUGAACUGAAAACAGCAAAAGACGAAGUAGAGAAAUCAAUGAAGUCUUAUUUUGAUGAGGACAAAGACAAAGACAUUCUGUGUCAAUGGCGAGGAAGAUUUGUAACCCAAAUUAAAGGUCUUCAUGAUGAUCUGGUGAAGGAAACAGAAAGAAAAUUGAAUAAAGCAAUUGAGCAUAAGAAAGCAAGGGAGAAUCUGGAUGAAAGAAGAAGAGAGUAUGAAAAUACACUUUUCACUCGGAGCAAGGAAUGUGCAGUGAGUCUAAAAAGUAAAGGAGCAGAUGAACGUGUUCUGAAAAAGGAAUUUGACACAUUGUGGAGUAAAUGGGUCACUGAAAUGGCAGAAGAUAUUCUUCCACUGAAAGACUUUGAUUUAUGGGAUGAUGUCACUCAGGUCUUAUCUGAAAACCAUGAACUAACUUUUGUGAAUCAGAGACUUAAUCUGCAAGACUUCAAACAGAUAGUCCACAGAGGUGAUUAUGAUGACUACAUUGUACUACAGAGACAUCUAGAGCAAUCUGGUGAAAUUGUAUCAAGUCAAAACAACAUCCUUAAUGCGAAAUGUAAUGACUCAGUGAGGCAACUGAUUCAUAAUGUUAUGCAGGAAACUCAGAAAAUAGUGGAAAAAUCACCAGUCAGAAGAAACGGCUACAAUGUCAGUUACAUUCAGGCAAUAACAGACUGUGUGCAAAAGUUAGUACACCAACAUCAAUCAGGGAAUCAAACAUUCAAACUGAAAAGGGAGUUUAUCACAGAUCUCUGUCUCUAUGUGUGUAACACUGCAAUCAAGAAAUUUACUGAACUCCACAAAGAAUUCAGGGAAUCAAAUGAUCCAAGAAUUUAUCUUGAGAAGCAUAAAACUCAAUAUUACAGCAUCUUCAAGAAUCACUGGAGUGGGGCAACAACCACAACCAUACUGAUUGAUUUCAUCUGCAGCAAACUUGAACCGUCCAUCCUAGAAUCUGUUUACAACAAAACUGCUAUUGAUUUUGCAGCACAGAUGAGGUCUGACAUACGAGCAUUACGUGAGAACAGGUCAAAUCUGGAGAAACACAUUCUGAAAUCCCUCGCAGAAAAAGAGGACUUUGGUCAAUAUAUGCAAUACAUCCAACAACCCAAAGAACACUUCAAACAAUUCAUAAAAAAAGAAGUGAAGAAAUACUUCAACGAACAAAGUGAAAUUAUAUUAAACAGUUUCAAAGGAAAUCUAAAACAGAAAGAGCAGAUUGUGAGUAAUGCUGUGCAUGUAGUGACAGUGGAGGUCAAAAACAAGAGAGGAGAUGGAAACAUGUGGUUCAGAAGUUUCACCAAAACACUCACGAAUGUGCUGAAAUUCACAGGAGAGUCACGUGUUAAUGUCACUGAAGUUAAAGACUUGGAUUUUCUUGAAAAUCAUUUGAGUAAAACUCUGAAUGAAAUGAUGAUAAAGCUACAGAACAGUUUUUCAAGCAUUAAUGACAUUAAAAUGGAGAAGUGCAGGAAGAAACCAGAUGAGAUUUUGAUCGAUCACUUCUGUCAGUGCUGUUGGGUUCAGUGUCCCUUCUGUAAAGCCAUCUGCACCAACACGAUGGAAGAUCAUUCUGGAGAUCACACUGUUCCUUUCCAUCGUAGUACUGGACUGAAUGGACGUUUUUACAAAGGAACAUCAAAUUUGGCUAAUUGUUUCUGCACAACAGAAGUAGCAAGUGAUAAUUGGCUUUACGCAGAAAAUUCGGAAGAAAAAAUUUUCUGGAAAGAAUACAGAAAAGGAGGUCCUGAAUUAGUUAACUGGAGCAUCACUCCUGACCUCUCUGAGCUGCCGUACUGGAAGUGGGUUGUGUGCAGAUUCCAGAAAGAUCUUGAAAAGCUCUACAAUAAAACAUUCAAGGGACAUGGUGAGAUUCCAUAUGAAUGGAGGCGAUACACAAAAGAGGAUGCUAUUAAGAGUUUGAAUAAAUACAUCUAGUGAGGAUUUAAGAGAAACUCUUUCACAUCCCUAUUUACAGAUGAUGUUUUGAGCUCAAUUCUGAACUGAGUUUUAUAGGAAUUUAGUUUGUAAAAUAUCACAGCUGACUUUAUUUGGAUGCAUUGAUCAGCGUUACUGUAACUUCGUUACAGCAUUACAAACCAUUUUGAAUUCUAAGAGAAAUGUUUAUAGACAAAAAAUUUGACAAAAAAAUCCAUUGUUAAUUGGACAGUUCACCCAAAUUAUUAAAUUCUGUCAUCAUUUACUCACCCUCAAGUUGUUCCAAAUCUGUAUAAAUGUCUUUGUUCUGAUGAACACAGAGAAGGAUAUUUGUAAGAAUGCUUGUAACCAAACAGUACUUGGUCACCAUUAGGCGCUGUCCGACCGGAUAAGUUCAGGAACAAAGUUCCGUAACGAGUAAAGAGGGCUGUCGUUCGUGAACUAAGUUUUCCCUCAGGCCAUUUCCAUGAUCGCAUUCACACCUGCAAAAGGAAUUAUUUAGUGAUGUAAGCCAGUCGACAGCAACGUAAUUAAAGCGCGUCCGUCGAACAACGACAAACAAUUAAACAACAGAAGUUCGGCCAAUCAGGGUUUGCUUACGUCACGAGUAAUUCCUAUCCUGCUGGUUUAGACGCUGCUUCAGAGAAGGCAAGCUAAAGUGUUCAUCCAAAAAGGUUCUCUGGAACUAAAAUUUCAGCCAGUUCCUGCAGUGCGAACACAACAACAAGGGGGACUUCCGGCAAAUCAGCCCGGAACGAUGAAAUUAUUCCUGCGGUGCGAAAACCCCUAUUGACUACCGUAGUAGGAAAAAUAACAAUGGUAAUAAAAAGUGCUCCAAAACUAUUUGCUUUCCUACAUUCUUCAAAAUAUUUUCUUCUGUGUUCAACAGAACAAAGAAAUGUAUACAGAUUGGGAACUUGAGGGUGUGACUUUGGGGUGAACGGUUCCAUUAACAAAAAGUAGAUUAUAGUAGGUUUAUAUUACCUCUACUACAACAGGUGACUUAUUCAUUUUUAAGGAGUAUCACACCAGAAGUGACAUUGUUCUCACAUUUAAGUUCAGUACAGAUGCAUGAUUUUAAGCAGAGGCUCAGUCAAAGAGAUUCACAAGACAAGAAAAUCACUUAAAAUACUAUUCAAUAUUUUGCUUAAAUUGAAAAGAGAUGUGUUUUUCUACUUAGGGAUGGUAAGAUUCGCCGAUUCACAUUGGUGCAUUGGCUUAAAAGUUAAUGAUGCGAUGCAGAGAUUUAAAAAGUGUGCAUCGGAUACAAGUUGCCAUUUGAAUCGCGAUGCAUCGUUUCUUACAUGUUUGCCUUGGUAAAAAACUAUUUAUUUCUAUAUAAUUAUUAGUAGCUGUACUUUUAUUGUUUUAUAUGUAGUUUGAUUUUUCUACUCCAAACUGUUUCUGAAGCGCGUUCUGUCAUCACCACUAACACUGCUACAGUUGUGCUCAAAAUGAUUCAUACUCUAGGUAAUUGUAACCAUAGAAGGCUGAAGAAGGCUUUUGAUCUCUUAUUUAAAAA